ACCCAGCUGCAGUCGAGCAUCAGACAGUCAUCAGCUUUCUAUCCAGCUCCAACAUGAAAUUCCUUAUCGUCUUCGUCGCCCUCUUCGCCAUGGCUGUGGCCCGCCCCAACGAGGCCCAGGUCGUGAAGCAGGACGUCGAUGUUGCACCGGACACGUGGAACGCCAACCUGGAGCUCAGCGAUGGCACCAGCGUCGCCCAGCAGGGUUCCCUCAAGAACGUUGGCACUGAGCACGAGGCCGCUGUCGUUCACGGAUCUUUCUCCUGGGUGGAUGAGAAGACCGGCGAGAAGUUCACCAUCACCUACGUGGCUGAUGAGAACGGAUACCAGCCCCAGGGCGCCCAUUUGCCCGUGGCCCCAGUUGCUUAAACUGUCCUCGAUCACAACUCGAAAUUUGUUCAUUCAGAGACUAAAAUAUAUUGAUUGUUAAUUGCAAAAAAUCGAAUCGGUUUUAUUCAAAUUUGGGAAUCUGCUAAAAAAAACACUGAAUUUAUUACCAACAUAUUAUU